CGCGAAUGUUGUGGUGUGCCGGCCGGUCGCUUUUUUGGGCUGAGCGAAUUUCGCAACACUGUCGCACCAUGGUGCGUAUGCGAGAACUGCGGUUCGUGUCGUGAGUCUGGCGUUGGUUCGUGAAGCGCGAUAUGGUGUUGUUCUCUGUGCUCUUGACCUCUUCUGUGGCCAUCGAUGUCCCCCCCGAUCCCACGACGGAUGAUGCGAUUGUAGCGGCGAACAACAAAUUUACGCUCGAGUACUUCAAGGCAUGCUACGAUGAGAAGUGCAACUGUGCCGUCUCGCCGUAUCACGUGCGGUUGGCACUGUCGAUGUUCUAUCCGCUUGCCGGUGCUGCAGUACAGGAAGACUUCCAGGUCGCGUUCGGGCUGCCGGAAGAUGUGCAUGCAGCCAUUGAGCAGCAGCAACGGCUAGCUCAGCAGCUGCACGAUGGCCAACACCUGAAGGCACUUUCGUUCGUGCUGGUGGAGGAAACGCUCCGGCUGGACAGUGAGUUUGAGCGACUGUUUCACCGCACCUUUCAGACCACGGUCGAGCCGGUCGAUCUGACGGAUGACAUACCGUCCGCGCUGGCCGUUAAUUCCUUCUACCAGCGUGCCAACACCGAGAUUGAAGAUUUCAUCGGCGAGGGCGAUGUGUUUUCGUUGCCUCCCUGUCACAAGCUGAUGCUAUUCAGCGGUGUGUCCGUGCUGACACCGUUGGCGAUUCGGUUCAAUCCUGCCGAUACGGCGCUGGAGCUGUUUCAAUUUAUAAAUGCGCCAACCCAGCGUGUGUCCACCAUGCACACGACAGCCUUCGUUCGUCGCUGCCUGCACAACGAGCUCCGCUGUAAGGUGGUGGACAUACCCUUCGAUGCAGCCAGCGGACUGUCCAUGCUGGUGCUGCUACCGUACGACGGCACGGAGCUACGCCAGAUCGUGAACAGCAUCACACCGGCCCACCUGGCGCAGAUCGAUGAGCGGCUGCAGUCGUGCUGGACGGAUCUAAAGCUGCCAAAGUUUUUCGUGCGCGAAAAAACUGACCCAAAGCAAACGCUGGGAAAGUUGGGCUAUGGCGGAGUGUUUGAAAUAGACGAUCUGCACGUAUUUCACGACUCCGGCUGGACGCGGCUGAAUGGGUUCAUUCAGCACUGCUACCUAGCGGUGAGCGAGAGCGGCAGCGGCAUCCCCGCACCACCGGACACACCCAGCGAGUUUGAGUUUCACGCCAACCGCCCGUUUAUGUUUCUCAUACGCCGUACAAUGGACGGAAAUGUGUUGCAAGUGGGCAACUUUUCCAAAUACAUCGAUCCCGAUGAACAGUUUUGAGUGGGACGGAUGUGUUUGUACAGUUGAGCAAUAAAAGAAUCUAAUAGAAAUGGACUAAAUCCCCUUCAUCGAUCGA